AUGGCACUGGCUAUCCCUCAGCUCCCAAGCGAACUUUGGGCUCGCAUCGCAUCCUUUUCAGAUCGAAAAUCACUCAAAAAUCUUCGUCUCACUUGCCAUAGAUGUUCGAAGUCUGCGACUCGGGAGCUUUUUAGGGAAGUGAGGCUCACCGUAGGUGAUCCGAGCUGCGUUCGAUUGGAGCAGGUUCGAGCGCAUGAGGAAUUGAAGCAAUAUGUGAAUAAAAUCAACUUGGGUCUUCGCGGUUGGUCACCUAAAUUCCUUAAAAACUAUCCUAUGCUGCUCCAGGAGUGGCAGAUUAAAGCAGACGAGGACCCCAUCCUGCCAGGACGGUUCAUAAGACUAGUUCAGAACCUGAAGAUGUUCCCAAACUUGCGGAACUUGAACGUCCGGUUCGAUCCUCGGUGUGGAUUGGAACAGCCUUAUAAUUCACCACCACAAUCUUUCGAAUUUCGUUCUAGGAUCAUGGCGCUCGUUCUCUCUUCUUUGGUAUCCUUUGCCCAGCCGGCGCAUGCUCUGGGACUGCAAAAUUACCAAAAUAUCAAUCCGGAUGACACCGAGACGGUUUCCAUUCUCAAACAGGCGGUUGGUAACCUGCGAAGUCUGCGACUUGGUAUACUUAACGAGUGUUGUGAAGGAAACGGUGAAAUCGAUCUUACAUAUCAACAAGCCCAUACAUUCACUCGCGAACUCCCUUCAGUCUGGCUGGAGCCCGCAUCAUCUACUCUCCGACACCUAACCCUCUACUCAACGCUAUAUUUCGGUUUCUACCCCAAACUCGACCUGCGGGACAUCCGCUUUCCAAACCUCCAAUCCCUUGCCCUAGGGAACUACAGCUUCGUCCACGACACCCAGCUGGACUGGAUCCUCUCCCAUGGUCCCACCCUCCAGCGGCUGUACAUGGACGACUGCGCCAUCCUCUACGAAGUCGGCAUCUACGAUAAGGACAAUUGUUAUCUAUCCCCUGCAGAGAUGCACCCUGGCCACAAACGGAACCUUUUCGGUGAGGUGCACGGCCGCGCCAGCUACUCCAAGCGCUGGCACGACUAUUUCCGCGCGUUCCAAGAAGGGUUGCCUCAACUUCGCCAUUUUCGGUUCGGUAGCAGUCCGGACUGGUGGGAUAACAGUGGGAUUCCGUUUGAGAUGGAGACGGAGAUCAGGAUAAGGUUGAAUAUGGAAUUGUAUUUGGUGUUCUGCGAUGGGUUUGGGCCUAGCCCGUAUAUGGAUCGGUGGCUGGGCGAAAACGAUGACGAUACCGUUCCGUACCCUGAGUGUCAGGCAGAGGACAUGGAUGCGUUGGAGGCGCUGUUGAGCAAGACUGGGCAGGCGGUUGAUCGGGCGGACGUUUUGGAGUGUGAUUAG